AUGUGCUGGUGGCUCCUCGCUGUCCUGGGGGUGUUGAGCAGCCCCUGCAUGGGGACCACAGCCUGCGAGCUGCUGCGAUGCCCGCCUGGAGAGGAACCCAUUGGGACGUGCAGCACAGCACAGAGCUGCCGCCCCUGUCCCCCUGGCUCUACCUCUGCAGGGGAUGCACCGUGCGCCUGCUUGCACGGGUUUUACAGCCCUGAUGGCCAUAGGGAGCCCCAGGGCCGGUGCCUGCCCUGCUCUGCUGCGCCCCACGGCACCCCGGGGUGCACAGAUCCAACCCUGACUGCAGGCCAACGGCGAGCCAGGAGCGUGGUGACACCUCGGGGACCAUCGGGGACCAAUGGGACAUGGGAGCUUCAACCGGAGGAGGUGGCGGCGGCGCAGUCGGCCGUGUUGGCCAUCGUCCCCGUGUUCUGUGCCAUGGGGUUGCUGGGCAUCCUGGUGUGCAACGUGCUGAAGAAGAAGGGCUACCACUGCACCGCACACAAGGAACACGAGCACAACACCAGCGGUCCCAGCUCCAUCUACCAGAUUGAGGAUGCCAAUGAGGACACCAUCGGGGUCCUGGUGCGCCUCAUCACAGAGAAGAAAGAAAAUGCUGCAGCGCUGGAGGAGCUGCUGAAGGAACAUCAGAGCAUGCAGCCAGCACCAGCGGGUUGCAAACCUGCCUACAAGCUGCACCUCCUGCCUCAGUUUCCCCCCUCCUGCUGCCACCAGCAGCACCUGCACACAGUGCAUGGCCCGGCUCCCCCUUCAGACCCCCCCUGCACCCGAUGCAGCCAGAGGAAGUGGCCCCAAGUGCUGCCAUCCCCCACAGCCACCAAAGCCACCAGACCCACCGGUGAGAUCACCAUUCUCUCCAUAGGAAGAUUUCGGGUGUCCCGGAUCCCCGAGCAGAAGCCUGGUGUUGGAGGUGAUCCUCUCCCCACCAGCACGAGGCCGUCGUGGCUGAAAAGCACUGACAGCCGCCCUGAGCCUCCUGGCUCUGUUGCUGGAGAGGUUGUCGUUAAUAAACGAGCUCUGUUUUGGGCAAAGAAGAUGGGGUUUGGUGCUUUUAUUCUCUCCCCUCUUUCUUCCUCCACCCCCAGUGGGGACACCUGGGCAUGGGAGGGGGCUCUGCCCAUUUGGGGACACCCUGACCACCCCCAAAAAGGGGCCUCAUCAUCAUUGUGGGGUUUCUAG